ACGAGCGAGUCAUGCAGUCAGUACGGGUUGCCAUUCUACUGUUUUCCCGCAGCCUCUCGUUAAUUUCCCCAUUCGCCGUUUGCUAUUUCUAGAGAGAGAAAGUAGGGAGAGAAUUUGAUCUCAUCAUUUCUACAAAAACAGCGGGCGACCUGAGAUCAAAUCCAAAUUCUCAACAAAUUUUGAAGAGAAAAUCAUGUGGAGAAGGCUCUCUGUGCAGCUUCGAACUCUUGCCUGGACGCAGUCGGCUCCGAAUUGCACUCGAAUUACGGAAACAUUAUCCUCUCCAGCUUCGCAUCAGUCAGUCAAGUCGUUGCCUCUCGUCUAUCGCCUAUUUAGUACCGAAUCUGGAAAUGUGGUUAAGAAAGUUGAGGAUGUAAUGCCAAUUGCAACUGGUCAUGAGCGUGAAGAGCUUGAAGCUGAGCUUCAAGGAAAGGAUAUACUGGAAAUUAACCAUCCAUCCGGUCCCUUUGGUACAAAGGAAGCACCUGCUGUUAUCGAGUCUUACUAUGACAAAAGAAUCGUGGGAUGUCCUGGUGCUGAAGGCGAAGAUGAGCAUGAUGUUGUUUGGUUCUGGCUAGAGAAAGGCAAGCCACAUGAAUGCCCAGUAUGCUCGCAGUACUUCGUGUUAGAAGUGGUUGGCCCGGGUGGACCUCCUGAUGGACAUGGCGAUGAUGAAGACGAUCAACAUUAAUUAUGCACGGCAAUUUUCCUGCCAGAAUAAAUCUGGUGAGGUGAUGAGGGAAUACUUAGAAACUUGGGGAUUCAAAAGCUUUGUGCUUUGCUUGAUUUUGAUGAAUUUUAUGUUCUUAUGGUUGCUUUUGCAACAGUUGAAUCUGUUGAUCUUUCUUGAUAGUUUUGGGGAUUUAAACACGGCCCAUUUUUCCAUUUGAAAUACCCACUCUCGCCCUUUUUCAGGCAUGUCAAAAUAAUCGAUGGAUACAUUUAGUUCAUUUGUUAUUGGACCUUAGACACGAGUAUAUGUGCCUGUUUGUGUAUUCUAGUUCUUUCAUUCCUUGAUAUAAAGCCCCUAUUUGGAAUUCUA